AUGAAAGUGAAAUCUAAGCUACUCUUAUUUAUUAAAAUCGAAACAUUUCUCAUUUUAACAUGGAUAUAUCAUUUUAAUAGUGAAGUCAGUAACAUUUGUAAAUAUUUGUAUGAGAAGGACGUUAUUGAUGAAAAAUUAUGUACAAGAAAUUAUCGCUUACUAGCAAAGUAUAGAAAGGAAAAGUGUUUAAAUAUCGCACAUGAAAAAAAAGAUAUUCCAUAUAAUGGAGAAUACGAAAAGAAACAUAUAACUAAGAAUGGAAGAGUGUCCAAAGGAAAAAUUAAACUGCCAAGAGAAUGUACCUCACAUAAUUCAGUAGGCUAUAAUCAAGUUGGGGAAAAUAAAUCUUCUGUAAACAAUAAGGUAAAUAACUAUUCUGGGAAAAGAACGUUAGACAAAAUAUAUUAUAAAAAUGUUCUUAGGUAUUGUACAAAUUCUGAUUUUAAGUUUAUAAAAAAAUAUAUACAAAGAAAAGAUAGUGAAUUUUUUGUUUUAUUUAUUGUCCAUUUAAUAGUUGGAGUAAUCUAUGCACUAUUAUUUGGUUUAUUUAAGUAUACUAAGGCAGGUGAAAAGCAGAUUAUUAGAAAUAUUGUACCAAUAUAUAUAUUAUGGAUUAUUAUUUUAGUAGGGCUUUUUUACAUCUGCAUAAAAUAUAUAAAAUAUGAAAAGUUAUUACGUAUAAAGAGGGAUAUGUAUUAUACAAAGCAUCUUUCUUAA